CUUUCAGAAUCACACUUAAAUUGGUCAGACAGUGAAACUUGGCUGCACUGUGAUUUCCAGCUGGGGUACUAUCCCUGCCCCAUUGCAGUACAUAUGCCCAUGCAGCAGGGGGCAGCACGGAGGGACCUGUACUGCUGAAGAAGGAACAGAGGCUGUAUCAUACAUGUUGUGAGGGAAGUGCUCCAUCACGGUGACCUUCUGUAGGACCAUGUCAUGGACCACACAAUCAGAAGAGAUGUUCUGUGAUUAGACCUCUGGCUGAGCAGGAAAUUGUUGACCCAGAUAUUUAGUCUCAUGUCAUGAAGUUCCGUAGCAGACACAGUCUGGGUUAUUGAGCACCAUGACAGUAAGGGUUUCACAGCAGCAGUGUCUAUCUCUCCUGGGUCUUGAACCUGCAACGUUUCGGUCACAACCUCAAUGAGUGUAUACCGACCAAUAAUGUGAAGCUUUGGUAGUGCUUUAAAUGAAAUCAUUUAUUGUCCCACUUCUGAUAACAAAACAUGCUAUACACAUACAAUUACUUAAAUAUAACGUGUGUUCGAGACAGGCCUACUUCUAGAUAUAAUACCUUUACAUUUCAAUACUUUAACAGUUUAAUAGGCUGAGUCGUCAUACAGGUGAUAUUAAAUUUACGUAAGGAAAUGACUCACCGCUUCUCGGUUAUGUAAUUGACAGAUAUGUUUACACCAGGUCACUUAUAAUCGAUACUGUGAUUUUUAAUGAUAUGGCGCUAGCCACACUGGUCCUAUGAUAUUUUUUAAUUAGGCUAGAUUAUUUCUGCAAGUGUCCCCGUUGCUUUCCUUUGAGUUUCGCGGAAAAUAAUAAAAUAAAACCGUAAAAAAUCGAAAAGCACACCAACCUCUAAUAUAGCCACUCUCCUUCCCAUUUCUGCGCUCUUUCUGCGGAAUACCCGAAAGUAAGAUUCUCUCGCAAGAGAGACUUAUAAGUUGUGAAAUUUGAGUUUAAGCAAUUAGUUAUUAAAUGUGUUGAUUAUCCUAGUACUAUUACAGAAAUUCAUAAAUUCUACUUAAUCUGAAAAAUAUUUACAGACAACUAAAUCUGGACAACUGAUUGUGUAGCUAUGAGUAAAAUGACACAACGCGGGUUUCUUUCACACCGGCAUGGAGACGCGCGCAUCGAGCUGCUUUGUGCGCGUAUGCACCGCGGGGUUAAGCACCACGCCAUUGACGCCCUGAUGUCCGCGGACACACGUGGGACGCUCUGCGGUGCUUCGUGUCGGGGGCUCCCGUCGGUCAGCUACGCGGAGCAUAAGGCAGGACAUCGGCAGCGGCUCCGCGAUGCUGCGCGAUUCUGGAUGCGAUCCGGUGGUUUUAAAAGCGUGUCAGGCGCGUGACGCCGGCGCACGUCGCGUUUCAUUGAGUCACCGAACUGCAUCGUAUGGAAUUACGAUUCAUUCGCGUAAUCGGAGAGGUUAUAUAGUACAGGGGUGAAGACGGACAAACAAACUAUAGAGUAAGUUCUUCAAACAAAAGGUAUAAAGCAAACUUUUAUAUUCUUUUUCUCCUUUCAUCUUUACUCUGAGCUGCAUCACAAGUGGCAUCAUCUACGUAAACUCCGAAAACCGGACAUCAUGCUGCUGCCCCUGAAAGCUCUGGUGAUGCUCGCCGUCCUGUGCGCCCCCACCUACGGCCUCUGCUUCAGGCUCUACGACAGCGACUCCAGGCUCCUGUGCGACAACGACGUCCUUUCAGGGACCAAAAAGGGCGACCUCUCCCGGGACUCGCUGCCGGACGCCCGGGGCUUUCUCUACCUGCCCGGGUACCUGCCGUCUAAUGCCGAGAGUCGGGAGAAAAGGACGUUUCCUGCUUCUAGCUACAGGUACCUGAGCCAGACGCAGCUGAGGGGUAAGAUGUACCAGAACAGCGCCAAGAGCGACCGACAAGCCAAGUUCACUCUCUCCCUGGACGUGCCGACCAACAUCAUGAACAUCCUUUUCAACAUCGCCAAAGCCAAGAGCCUCCGCGCCAAGGCGGCGGACAACGCGCGUCUCAUGGCACAAAUCGGCAAAAGAAAGUAAAGCCGCAGAUCAGCCGGCUGCGUGCGGUGUGUAUCUGUCCGUUUUGUUAUGCUGAGUCCAUGUGCUCAGAACAUACCCUCAAUACAUGUUAAGUGUCUUUUUCCGGACAUAAUAUGACAGUCUAAUGAUAAAAAAGAAAGAAAACCGCAGGACUACUGAAGCAUAAGGAUUACUGUACCUGCUAUAUGUGUAAAUAAUGAAUGCGUUACAGAUUGCAAAAGCUGUAAAUAAAAUCCACAGGACACGGAGUGUCUGCUGAUUUCGAGUGGUACGUCUUUAUAGACUACUGAUUUACUACUGUAGUUAGGCAUAGUUUAAAGUCGCGCGUUUAUUUGCCCAGUAAUAUGUUUAUCUCUUAAAAAAAACUUAAGGUUGAAUAUUUACAUUAACCACUAUUAGCUUUUAGAAGAUAUAGUUAGGCAUAGUUUGAAUGAGGUAAAUCAGUAGUCUAUAAAGACGUAUCACUCGAAAUCAGCAGACACUCCGCGUCCUGUGGAUUUUAUUUACAGCUUUUGCAAUCUGAUUAAUACCGGUCUGUUUUCCCUCUGGAUGCAUACAAAAUGUUAUUUUAAUGAUCAUUCGAGUCAAGGACGCUUAGAAACUUUAAAUUCAAUGAAUCCCUUAUAUUCCAUCGUGCUUACGCCAGUGAUGAUCGGUUGACUUAAUGUUAGUCAAGAUUCUUAAUUGCUGAAAAGACAUCUAAACAUUAAAUUAUGCCACAGUGUUUAAUGUUAUCUAAAAUGCUUUUAUUCACUUUGUGAUCAUGAUACUGUUGGUGACACAUCACGUGCGUAUAUUAACUCAGUUUCAAAACUUUGUAAAAAUCGAUUUUGGUGGCUGUUUAAUAAACUAUAAACGCACAGCAGACAAAUAAAUCCAUAUACUUGUUGAUGUAUCAUAUAUGGCACUAGAUAAUGUUCUGCCUUCAGAUUCUGACAUUUAUUUUUGUACUGAAAGGGACUGUGUUUCUCUAAUAAAUUUAAGCAUAGAUA